UCCGAACUCUCAGCAAGCAGAAGAGGGAGGGUCAACAUGGCGUCUGAACAGGAAAGCUCCAAUGGGCCAGUGAAGAAGUCCAUGCGAGAAAAAGCCAUAGAACGCCGUACUAUCAACAAGGAGCACAACAGUAAUUUCAAAGCAGGCUAUGUACCCAUAGAGGAAGAGCGUCUUCAUAAGACAGGGCUAAGAGGACGCAAAGGAAACAUGGCUGUGUGCAUCAUUAUCAUCCUCUUCCUCCUCGCCUUAAUUAAUUUAAUUAUCACAUUGGUUAUAUGGACAGUGAUCCGCAUCGGUCCGAAUGGCUGCGACAGUAUGGAGUUCCAUGAGAGUGGCCUGCUGCGCUUCAAACAGAAAGCAGACAUGGGUAUUGUCCACCCGCUGCACAAGAGCACAGUAGGAGGCCGUAAAGACCAGGAUCUGGUCAUUGUUGGUAACAACAACCCGGUAGUCUUCCAGCAAGGCACUACAAAGCUGAGCGUAGAAAAGGACAAGACCUCAAUCGUCAGUGAUGUCGGCAUAUCCUUCACAGACCCUCGGACCCAGACCACAUUCUUCAGCACUGACUUUGAAAACCACGAGUUUCAUUUGCCCAAAGGAGUCAAAGUCCUCAGCGUUAAAAAAGCUUCCACAGAAAGGAUCACCAGUAAUGCAGCAUCUGACCUGAACAUUAAAGGAGACUCUGCCAUCAUUCGUGGUAACGAAGGGGUCAACAUCAUGGGUCGGACAAUCGAGUUCAAAAUGGGUGGAAACAUUGAGCUCAGGGCUGAGAACAGCAUCGUGCUCAAUGGAUCGGUCAUGUUCAAUGCCACGCGUUUUCCUAACUCUGCAGGAGAUCUGUAUUUCAAUGAAGGUCAGGAGAGGUACAAGCUCUGCAUGUGUGAAGAUGGAACUCUGUUCCGUGUGCGGGUGAAAUUUACCAACAUGGGCUGCCAGACUUUAGAUAACCCAUGUAAGAAGGCUCACUAGGACUGGAAUCUGCUAUUGCAUCUCAAUCAGUCCACACUGAAUUCAGAUAAACCACUUUCAAAUUUAUUUUUGAUAGUGUGGAGCUCUAAUAUAUAGGACAUUCAUAAUGGCUUGGGCAUAAUAUCUCUGUGGGUCAUGUGUCAAAUUCUGUGUUUCUUAUUAUUUUUGCCACUUGGCCAAAGAUAAAAACUGUAGUAUUUUGUUUUUCUGCAGAUUUGCCAACUUGAGAUGAUAUCAGUCUAUGUUACUUCUAUAUAGUAGGACAUGAAACACUACACGUACAAAGGCUAAUGUACACUAUGGAGCCCUACUCUCAAAAACUAGAUUUAACUCUCUCUGGGAAGCUGGAUUUAAGAAAUAAAUGUUUCAAGUUUACAUUUUUUGAAAAUGUUUAGCGCCAUCUGGUGCCAGUAUAGAACAUGACAUCACCAGGGCAUUUCAUUAGUUUAUGUUAGCUAACUAAUCACAGAACCAGUAACUCAGGUGAUAAUAAGGACACUAAAACCAAAAAAAGCAGGGAUCAAAGGGGAUCACUUUUUUAUUGCCCCUGGCUGCAAUGAUGCAUUUUAUGUU